GCCAUAUUGAAGCAUUUCAGCUUGUUCCACUCCGUCAGUUUACAGACAGUCUGAUAGAGACGAGAGAGGAGCCCCCUCGCCCAGCUCGGCAGUAAAAUACACACAUUCCGCAAUAUGGCUGCUACCGACGUUGACAUAUUUUCUAAUGAAGAAAAGCGCAACCUGAAUUUGGGCGGCCAUGUUGGCUUUGACAGUCUGCCCGAUCAACUGGUCAGUAAAUCGGUGACACAAGGCUUCUGUUUCAACAUACUCUGUGUGGGGGAAACGGGUAUUGGCAAGUCCACAUUAAUGAACACACUUUUUAACACAAUGUUUGAGAAUGAGGAGGCGAGCCACUACCAGAAUGGCGUGUACCUGCGACCCAGAACGUACGAUCUGCAGGAAAGUAACGUGCACCUCAAACUCACCAUUGUGGACACAGUCGGGUUCGGCGAUCAGAUCAACAAAGAAGACAGUUAUAAGCCUAUUGUGGAUUAUAUCGACACACAAUUUGAAAACUACCUUCAGGAGGAGCUAAAAAUCAAGCGAUCUCUCUUCAACUAUCACGACACCAGAAUCCAUAUCUGUCUCUAUUUCAUCGCCCCCACCGGCCAUUCGCUCAAGUCUUUAGACUUGGUCACCAUGAAGAAACUGGACAGUAAGGUUAACAUUAUCCCAAUCAUCGCUAAAGCAGACACAAUUUCUAAGAGUGAACUGCACAAGUUCAAGAUCAAAAUCAUGAGUGAGUUGGUGAGCAACGGAGUGCAGAUCUACCAGUUUCCCACAGAUGACGAGGCGGUCACAGAGAUCAACUCCUCCAUGAAUGCACAUCUUCCUUUUGCUGUCGUUGGGAGUGUGGAGGAAGUCAAAGUGGGAAACAAGACUGUGAGAGCCAGGCAGUACCCAUGGGGAGUGGUGCAAGUUGAGAACGAGAGCCACUGUGACUUUGUGAAGCUGAGGGAGAUGCUGAUCCGCGUGAACAUGGAGGACCUUCGAGAGCAGACCCAUGCACGCCACUAUGAGCUCUACCGCCGCUGCAAACUAGAGGAGAUGGGCUUCAAGGACACCGACCCCGACAGCCAGCCCUUCAGCCUACAGGAGACCUACGAGGCCAAGAGGAAAGAGUUCCUGGGCGACCUGCAGCGCAAGGAGGAGGAGAUGAGGCAGAUGUUCGUCAACAAAGUCAAAGAGACGGAGGCCGAGCUCAAGGAGAAGGAGAGAGAGCUGCAUGAGAAGUUUGAGCAGCUGAAGCGCAUGCACCAGGAGGAGAAGAGGAAGGUGGAGGAGAAGAGGCGAGACCUGGAGGAGGAGAUGAACGCCUUCAACAGGAGGAAGGUCGCCGCCGAGACACUUUCCCUCUCACAGCCACUCAAGAAGGACAAGGACAAGAAAAAUUAAUUUAUAAGCACAGCACCCAGGCCAACCGAGGAUUUGUCUUCCAUCACCAUAGCCACAUCAGCACAUGCGUUCUGACAUUCCUGUGACAUUUGUAAAGGACCAAAGACACUUGUGGGGGAAAACGAGGCCAGCGACGCUGGUGCUGCCAAGCCGAAAUAAAGUGGCCAUGCGCAUCUUUAGGAUUAUCCAGGUUUAUUUUCUCAUUUAUUUGACAAAUUGGGACUUUUUAUACAUUUUAUUUUUUAUUACCUUUGUCUUGCUUUGAGAUGCACCAGUGACUUGUAUAACUAGAGUACAGAAACGGAAUAGAACAGUAAUGGAGCUCCAGCAAAUAUAUACAAUUAUGUGUUAAUCUGUGUGCAGAUUCCUUAAAGCCAUGUUGUUUUUUAUUAGGUGAUGUAAUGCUAAUUCAUUUGCAUUUGUGUCUGUCUGCAUUUAGAGUUGUCUUAAACUGAGCCAAGUCAGGCCUGAAUGAUAGUAUACAAACCAUACUAGCAAUAAUAUCACAACAUUCAAAUCCAUACACCUGGGUACCCAUGAAUAAACAAGUGUUGUGUAUAAGAGGGCGAAUUACCUUGAUGGUGUUUUUAAAAUUUAAAUAUUUCAA